CAAUCCUACACCGGCUUUCUGGAGGACGGUCAGAUGAUUCGCCACUGAGAGACAGACAGACUGAACCACAAAAUGUCAGGGUUAAAACAUCACAUGUCACUCCCUGUGGCAGUGGGUGCCUUGUUGGUGGGCCUCCCAUACUCCAUCUCUCUAGCUGCCCAGUGGAUUUAUGGAUGGCCCAACAAGCCAGGAUAUAAGAAGUACAUAGAAGCCCUAAAACCAAGGCGAAUCUACUGUUUGACCAGAGCUGUGCUGGAAACUCUCAAAUAUCUGCAGUAUGGGAGACUUUACUUUCAGUGGAAGUCAUGGUACAAGAAUGAAGAGAACCGUAAGCAUUAUGAGAAGGCCAUCGUAUUUGGCCGACGGGGCAACAAGCUGGACUUGUACCACCCUCCAAGUGUGGGCAAGCCUGAAGAUGUGCCUGCACCGCUGGUGGUUUUCAUCUAUGGAGGUGCCUGGGGCUCUGGAGACAGAUCCAUUUACUGUCUGCUCGCCAGGAAAAUGGCUGAAGAACUGAGCGCAACUGUCAUUUGUCCUGAUUACUGCACCUAUCCAAAGGGGAACGUCUUAGGGAUGGUCCAAGAUAUCGCUGACUGUUUGGUUUGGGCCCAAGAGAGUGGACAGAAGUUCAACUUUGACAAAGACAACAUUGUGUUAAUUGGCCAUUCAGCAGGCGCACACUUGUGUGCUUUGACCACACUGUUUCUCAUUGACACAAGAGAGGAGCUUUUCAUAGAGGCCAGUAAGCAGCGGGACAUUACACAGGCGAUAAGAGGAGUUAUUGGUUUAAGUGGUGUGUACAACAUCAUGGACCAUUAUGAGCAUGAACAGAAGCGAGCAGUGGAAUAUGUGUCUACCAUGCACAAAGCCAUGAAUGGAGUGGAAAACUUUCCGUACUACUCGCCAACACACUUACUGAAGAAGCUCAGCCAGGACAAACUACAGAGAGUGCCUCCCUUCGCUUUGCUCCACGGGACCAGUGACAUUAUUGUCCCUGUUGAAUCUUCCACGAAGUUCUCUGAACUUCUCACCUCAGUGUCAGUGAAGGUGUCGCUCUACCUGCUGCCGAGAGUGGACCACACUGAGAUGGUUACUGACCUCAUGGCGUCAGACAGGCGCUUCUACCAUCCCAUCUACAGCUGUAUCAAACAGGAGUACAGAAAGCUUCUGGGAGCCUGCUGAUGUCCCAUCAGAUCAUCAGGAAAACAUCUCUCACUCAUCACUGAUAUUUACUGACUGUGCCACACACUCACUUUGUUUACAGUAACUACUCUAAUACCUCAAAAUGAAUCUUUUAGCCUUGAUUUUAACUUGAUUCUUUGACAUUGUGAUUCCAUAAAAAUGAUUUAACUGUUCUCUCACUGUAACUGAAGUGAUUGGAAACAUCAUUCUAAUAAUGGCUCGGAGAGGUUUUAUCCAGAUUGCAGUACACUGAAGUAAGUAAACUUGAAGUGAAAUGAAUCAUGAAGCAAUAACAGUAUUAUGAAAAACACAGUAAAGCACAAUACAACAGUACUGAAAUGGAAUGUUUUAGUGAAGUCACAAAUUAAUUUGUUUGUUUUUUCCAAAUGAAACAUUUUCCUUAUAUAUUGUAACAUCUUAUUUUAAAAACCUAUUUAUUGAUUCCAUGUGCAGACAUAUUAAACCAGCUUGAAGGAA